AAGUUGCAAACUUCGCCAACAACAACAACAACAAUUGUAACUACAUUAGCAACAACAACAACAACAAUUGUAUCAAAGUAACUGAAGAUUCAAACGGUGAAAAGAAUCGUAUCUUUGACUGCUUUGGCAAGAGGGAACAACCGGAGCAGCAACAGCAGGAGUCGGCGGAUCAGCAGCAGCAGCAGCAGCCGGCGGAAACAGAUUCACAUCAGCUGACACACAGCGCCAGUUCGGGCAGCUCCAACGUGCAACAACAGCCCAGUGCCACAGCGAGCCAGAGCCAAGGCAACAGCAGCUACUACCGGCAGCAGGACACGGAGUUUGGCCAACAGUCCGAGCAGAGGAGAGAGCAGCGACAGAAGCUAAUCAAGUCGGGCGUUGCUGUUAUAGCCAAGCAACCCAAGCGACAAGCGACACAGCGUUCACAGAGCCAGCCGGCGAUUCUGCAACAACCGCAGCUCAGUCGCAGCAAGCGUCCCGGAACACCGCCCCCGCACGCCGUCAAGAGCAUGACUUCCAUACCUGCCACGCUGUCCAGCAACAAUGUUGCAGCAACAGCAGCUGCAACGGCUGCAGCUGGAUUGGGCGCCACGGCGCCGGAGAAACAGCCCUGGCCCAACUCCAAGGACGAUUACGAGCUGAGGGAUGUGAUAGGUGUGGGCGCCACGGCGGUGGUGCAUGGCGCCUACUGCAUACCGAAGAACGAGAAGUGCGCCAUCAAGCGCAUCAAUCUGGAGAAGUGGAACACCUCGAUGGACGAGCUGCUCAAGGAGAUCCAGGCGAUGUCCUCGUGCAAUCACGAGAACGUCGUCACCUAUCACACAUCGUUUGUGGUGCGCGAGGAGCUGUGGCUGGUGCUGCGCCUGCUCGAGGGUGGCUCCCUGCUGGACAUCAUCAAGCAUAAGAUGCGGACAUCCAACUGCAAGCAGGGCGUCUUCGAUGAGGCAACGAUUGCCACCGUGCUCAAGGAGGUGCUCAAGGGCCUGGAGUACUUCCAUUCGAAUGGACAGAUCCAUCGGGACAUCAAGGCGGGCAACAUACUCAUCGGCGACGAUGGCACCAUACAAAUCGCUGACUUUGGUGUCAGCGCCUGGCUGGCCACCGGCCGGGAUCUGUCCCGGCAGAAGGUGCGGCACACCUUUGUGGGCACACCGUGCUGGAUGGCACCGGAGGUGAUGGAACAGGAUCAUGGCUAUGAUUUCAAGGCGGACAUCUGGUCGUUUGGCAUUACGGCCAUUGAGAUGGCCACGGGCACGGCGCCGUAUCACAAAUAUCCACCGAUGAAGGUCCUGAUGCUGACGCUUCAGAAUGAGCCGCCCACCUUGGAUACGGGCGCCGAGGACAAGGAUCAGUAUAAGGCCUAUGGCAAGACAUUCCGUAAGAUGAUCGUUGAGUGCCUGCAAAAGGAGCCAUCGAAACGUCCGACUGCCAGCGAGCUGCUCAAGCACGCCUUCUUCAAGAAGGCCAAGGAUCGUAAAUAUCUAACGCAAACCCUGCUCCAGUCCGGCCCCAGCAUGGAGACACGCGUCCACAAGGCAGCCAAACGUCAGCCGGGCGCCUCGGGCCGAUUGCAUCGCACGGUCACCGGCGAAUGGGUGUGGUCCAGUGAGGAGGAGGACAAUGCCAGCGGCACUGGCGGACGCAAGAAUCCCUCAUCGGAUUCCGAGUCCGAGGAUCGUCCGAUCAAUCGUCUCGAACGCGCCGACUCCUCGGACAGCGAUCGAGAUGAGACGACGCCCGAUAUAACGCGCAGCCUAUCCUCGACUACAAUGACGCCAGGUGGCGCUGCACCUGCUCCUGCUUCCGCCUCUGCAACUGCUGCUGGUGCCGCCCAGGAGCUGGCCGCUGGUGUGGCCCAAAUGCCGCUGCCCAGCGAAGCGGCCGGCGAGGCGCCACCCGUGAAUCUGGUGUUGCGCAUGCGCAACCUGCGACGGGAACUGCACGAUAUCCGUUUCGAGUUUGCCGUGGGCAAGGAUACGGCGGAGGGUAUUGCAACGGAACUGGUGGAUGCGGGCCUGGUGGACGCCCUGGACACACAACCGAUGGCCGUGCAUCUGGAUCAGCUGAUUGCCCAAUCCGACACGAUGAAGACAAUAACGUUCCAGCUGAGUUCCGGCGUACAGCCGGGCGAAACGCCCGACGAACGCUCGCUUGUGGGCUAUGCGCAGAUAUCUAUAACGGACUAGGAUACGGUCACAUAUCCACCUUAAUGUCCUCCCCUACGGUCAUCUACCGUUAUGUUGCCUGCGCCGCUUUUAGCUAUAUAGACUAGAAACUAGACUAUAACUGUAAAUGCUAAUGCUAGUUAUAGAUCGGAGAGAAAAGAAAAGAAAAACGCAAGCCGUUCGUUUACUAUAGAAAUUA